AUGCCGCGCCCUGUAUUCCGACCACUCGAGCUUGAACAAUUUCGGGUCACGGCUGAGGCCAUCUGUGCUGGAACUUUUGAUCUCACCAGGGACCAUCUCCCUGCCGGAUAUGUCACCUUUUGCGAGACUAAUGCUGAACACCUGGACCCGGCUUUUCAUUACCCACUACCAGAUGGGUUCAUUCGCAAGCCCCUUCGUCCUCGGGGACAUGGAGCAAUCAGUCACCGAGACCGCCGCAACAGAGGGAACUCCCUCUCUGGGAUGAUCUUCGAUCGGUUCAAAGCUGACACCAGAGCUCGUAAGAAAACACCCGAAAUGGUAUCUAGAUCACGAACUAAAUGCAGGAUAGAAACCAGCGCCACUACAACUUUUGCAGAGACGGAUGCAGCGAGAGCGCCACCAACCCUGAACGAACUGCUCGACACAAUCAUCAAUGCUGAACCUGUUCCCACAGGUGGUGAUGCUAGCACCGGCCUCAGUCCGGUCGUCUCGAGUGUGACCAUUUGA